GCCGUCACCUGCCCCCUGCUCCCCGGACGAACUCCACCGAAGAAAAAAAAAAUCGGCACAGGAGCAAAUCCCUAGGCCACUCUCCCCUGCUCCGCGUCCAUGGCGACGGACGCCUCCCCCCCUCCGCCGCGCAAGAGCCCGGGGCCUCAGCCGGCGGCGGACCCCCCUGAAGGCGCCUCGCCGCUGCCGGCCGGGUACAUCUUCAUGUGCAGCGGCGAGACCAGGCCCGAGUGCUUCAGGUACAGGGUGCUGGGCCUGCCGCGCGGGAGGCUGGACGCCGUCUCCCGGAUCAGGCGCGGCGCCGCGCUCUUCCUCUACGACUUCCACGCCAAGCACCUCUACGGGCCCUACCGCGCCGACUCCGACGGUGGCCUCGCCCUCGAGCCCGCCGCCUUCCAGGGCCGCUACCCUGCCCAGGUCAAAUUUGUGGUUGAUGGUGAUUUCAUGCCUAUCCCAGAGAGUAGCAUAAGAAGUGCCAUAAGAGAGAAUUAUUCCCGUGGGAAAUUUUGGCCUGAACUUACCUUUACGCAAGUUGAGAAACUGAGAGCAUUGUUCCAUCCAAUUACUUCACUGCCAGUGCCAGAGGCACCACCCCUGCAUUAUGUUGACAACAGGCAUCCCGCUCAAUCUGCUGCUUUUCUGCCUCCUUCAGCUUCAUACCCAACACAGCCAACUUCUUAUGUGUAUCACCCAAGCACUUAUGUUCCUACUCCAGCUGCUCAUCUGGUGCCAAAUCAACCAUACCCACGCCCAGAUUCUCACCUUCCAGUGGCUGCUCAAUACACCACACCUGCUUAUUAUGCAACCCCAACCGCGUAUCCGUAUCAAGCAGGUUAUCAAGCAUAUGGUCCACCUCCUGCCACCUACCACUACGCCCAAGCGCCUCCUUUGCAAUAUCACUAUGUGCAAGCCCAACACCCUGUGCCAGAACAUGUUACAGACCCUGCCUAUUCCUCUGAUCCCUACUAUACUGCUAAUCGGAAUGAUCCACAUCGAUUUGAUGCUGUGAAAUCUCAUUACCAGGAAACUACAGGGAGAGCUGCCUAUGGUGCACCACUACAUGAAGCAGCCGCGACGAACCUGCAACUCGUCAGGCACUAUGGGUACGCUCCAGGCAGCCCGUGCAGCCGGAGGAACCCCACAGCCCAGUGCUGAAGGAGCAGCUCCGGCGACCGACGAUGACUCCUGGCCGCCCGCCCCAGCGACCGACGAUGACUCCUGGCCGCCCGCCCCAGCGACCACACAGGCUGCGCCAUCGGUGCAUGGCGUCGCAGCUGCACCAGCUUACCUGUGACCAUUCAGUUCAUUUCGCCAACAUGACUGACCUGAAUCAAGGGUGCUGCUUGCUCUGUGCUGGUGUGCUUUGCCAUUCUUUCUACCAAGGGACUGUGAUUUCAGAUCGGUGAAAGAUGGCAUCGCUCUCGUUUCUGCUGAUGUGUUUGGUGUGAUGUAUAGGUGGAUUCAGCUGUUGCUCUAUAGUUUGUUAGACUGGUGGUACUAUAUUGAUCUCUAUCCCUACAAACCGCCAAAAUGGUGGAAAACCCCACUCUAGCAGGUUAAAAAUACACCAUUGACCGUUUUGCGCAA